AUGACGAAGCUGUUCCCAUCUUUACUGGCUCCGGAUGUGGCUUAUAGUGGCCUUGCCAUGUCCUCCAAAUGCAAAGCCAGACGAAGCUCUCUCGAAGCACGGACCUAUUUCCUUCGAGCACGUCGAGCUUUUUCGUCCACCUCGCAAAAACGUUCGCCGGUGAACGACCGUCCGAAGGAUGUGAAAUCUGCCCGAGAAUACUGUUCGCAGUUGGUAAGAAAAUAUGAUUCGCCCUCCUAUACACUGCAAAGGUUCAUACCACCGCACAUGCUUUCAGCAUAUCUGGCCAUACGUGCCUUCAACAUUGAAGUAGCACGAAUAGCGGAUCUCGUCUCAAACCCAACCAUUGGUGCUUUUCGAAUGCAAUUCUGGAGAGACACCAUCAACUCCUCUUUUGACGCUCAGCCGCCGGCUGAACCUGUCGCCAUCCUCUUGGCCUCCGUUCUGGAGCACUAUAGAUUAAACAAGUCGUGGUUUUUGCGCGUCAUCAAUACUCGGGAAAAGUAUCUGGCUAAUCCUCCAUACACCAAUCUCAACGAUCUUGAAGCAUACGCUGAGAAUACAUAUUCGACGCUCUUGUACCUGACGCUGAGCGCUUACCCUCUCAACUCUAUCACCAUGGAUCAUAUCGCUUCCCAUAUUGGCAAAGCUGCUGGCAUAUGCGCCGUUCUGCGUGGCCUCCCGAUUCUAGCCUUCCCACUGCCUCCCAGUCAUCACCCUAGUGCUAGCAGUGGCCUUGGAGUUCCGCCUCCAGGUUCUCGCCGUGGGGCCAUCACUCUUCCGCUCAAUAUCAUGGCCAAGUCCGGGGUGCGCGAAGAGGACAUCUACCGGCAGGGCGGUAAUGCACCGGGAUUAAAGGACGCAGUCUUCGAAGUUGCAACUCGAGCUUCAGAUCAUCUCAUCACAGCACGAAGCAUGCUGAGAAGUGUUCAAGGCUAUGAAGAUGUUGAUCAUGAGUACGAGCAUGAACAUGACGAAGGACACGAUUAUGGUAAUCAUACCGGUGUACGACUGAGUAGUGAUACGAGAAGGAAGGAAUACGAACAAGGUUUUGGUAUCGUCAUGGGACCAGCUGUGUCAACACAACUGUGGUUGGACAGAUUACAAAAGUGUGAUUUCGACGUCUUCAAUGCCGGGCUCAGAAGACCAGAAUGGAAAUUGCCGUUUGUGGCUUGGUGGCGAUCUAGGAAGCAGCAAUUCUAG